AUGGCGUUAAAAUCGAUGUUAUUCCAAAUAAAAGAUUUUUUCAAAUUCUUCAAACUCAGCAAAAUGGACGCGAUGGUUUGGUUAUCAACGUUUUUAAGCGUAGUUUUCAUCGGAAUCGACGUCGGGCUUUUAAUCGGAUUUAUAAUGUCGCUUUUAUCAAUUUUCUUUUUAACCAUGAAGCCAUACACGUGUUUAUUAGGCUCGGUCCCUCAAACCGAUCUCUAUCUAGACAUAAACCGUUAUAAAGGAGCCCAAGAAAUCGCGGGAUUAAAAAUUUUCCACUACCAAGGCGGGGUUAAUUUCGCAACGAAAAACUUCUUCAGAUCCGAAUUAUAUCGAUUAAUCGAGAUGGAUCCGCAAAAAGAAUUAAUCCGCCGAAAUAAAUUAGAAAAAUUAACCUUAAUCGACGAUAAAUCGGACAAAUUUAGCCAAUUAUCUCCGACCGCCGUGGAUAAAAUGAGAAAAAAACAGGAAAAAUUAAAAUCGAGAUCGAAUUCGAACGUUCAAUGCGUUAUUUUGGACUUCUCCGCUUUGAGUUAUAUCGACCCAUCGGGGGCGUCGAUGUUAAAUUUGGUUUGUAAAUGUUUUAAUAAAGUAAAUGUGCCGGUUUUUAUUGCUGGGUGUUCGGCGCCGGUUUAUGAAACGCUUUUGAAGUGUGGAUUGAUCGAGACGAAGAGGAAUAUGUUUAGGAUUUUUCCUACGACGCACGAUGCGGUUCAAUUCGCCGUGACGACGCAGUAUUUUAAUGAAGCUACGAUUCCUACUGUUAAUUAA